GCACAAACAGUAAGAUUGUGCGACGGUUCGCCGCCGACAAGCCUGCAGGACCCUUCCAUGCACAAUACCUCGAACAAGGCGAUUCCUGCCAAGGCAGCGGCGGCUACAAAGGCGACGGACGUGAAGAAGCGGAAAUGGCAACUGCAAACGUACCUGGACAGGCGGGACUUCCAAGGCGCCAUGACGCUGCUGCGCUUCCAAGCCAAACAUGGCGAAGGAUCGCGUCUGAACACGCUGUGGACGGCUUAUUGCCUCUUCCAUAUGGGCGAGUACGUGCAAGCGCUUGAGCAUUACGAGCAAGUGUUGAAACUCGACACAGAAGAUGACAGCACCGACGCCAGUCGAUCGAACCCCAUCUUGGCCAACAUGGCGUGCUGCUAUCUCUACCUCAGUUAUUAUGACUUUGCCAAAUCCGCAUUGGCAAAAAUCGUCGCCCCAGCUGACACCGCCACAGCCGAGCUGCACCAGCGUCUUCGGCUGGUGUUAGCCCAACGAACAAACGACUCGGAGGUCGUCGAUUCGUUGUUGUACGACCUCCGGACAUCGUCCAUCCCAAGCCAACUCGCCGCCGCCGCCGUGUUGUUUCACCAGCGCAACUUUCACGGCGCGGCGGAUAUAUACAAGCGCGUUCUCGCCCGCCAUGAAACACACGCAGCGAUCAACGUGUACUUGGCCAUGUGCUACUACCACUUGGAAUACUUUGACAUUUCGUCCGAGUUGCUGGCCACGUACCUCGCCACUUCGGACGGUCACAGCAACGUUGCCAAGAACUUGCUGGCGUGCAACACGUUUCACUUGGUGGAUGGGGUCGCCGCGGAAAAGUCUCUUCAGUUGCAUCUCCCUCAACCGACGAGAGGACAUGCGCUCGUGGAGCACAACGUCGUCGUGUUCCGACAAGGGGACGUCGGCCUGCGCCUGUGGCCGCCGCUUCUUGGCACUGUGCCCGAAGCUAAACUCAAUUUAGCCCUCUUUCACAUCAAACACGAUACGUUUGAGAAAGCGUUCGACCUCCUCGAUACGUUCGAACCAGCGCAGCCCAUCGCGUACAUUUUAAAAGCUAUUGUGCACAUGUGGAUGGGGCAACAGCAAGUGGAAACCAACCAAGCUCAUCACAAUAUCACAACCCCCACGAACGAGCACUUGUUUCUCAGUGAAAAGUUCUUUGAAACAGUCGGCGCCGCGCCAUCGGAAUGCGACACCAUACGAGGCCGACAGGCUAUGGCGUCAAUGUACAUGCUUCGAAACGAGUUUGACACGGCGUUGGUGUACUUGAAGUCGAUUGCCAUGUAUCAUGUCCACGACGACGCGUUCAAUUGGAACUAUGGCGUGGCGCUAGCUGCCACGGGCAUGUAUUCGGAGGGAGAAAGCGUGCUCUGUCAAGUUCAGCACCCUUCCUGGCGCCAGCACUUCAUUUACGUGGCGUGGCUGUCGAGAUGCCACAUCCGAUCCAUCUCGCAGUCGCACCUGGCGUGGGACGUGUAUCUGAACGUCCGAAAUGCUGCCAACGCUCUCAAGCUGCUCAAACUCAUCGCAAACGAAUAUUACCUUAUGGCCGACUAUUAUUUCGCGGCCAAGGCAUUUGACGUGCUGGAGCGCGUGGACCCAGAUCCAGAGUUCUGGGAAGCCAAGCGUGGCGCUUGUGUGGGGUACUUUCACAAAGCGGUAUCGGGGAAAUGCGACACGACCAAGCUCGUCGAAGUGCUCAAUAUGCUCGAAGCUUCCAAGCACAAUCAAGGCAAAGUGAUGGCACGGACGCUGCGAACGUACUGCGAGUCGGUGCAUUUGAUCUAAAACGACGUUAACGUCAAUACUGUAUUUCUGUAAUUUCCAUAAUAAUACAUAGUAUUCGACUGCAG